CAAGAAAUACAAGCCGAUUUAUCGGACGAAGAUCGUGAAGCUUUAUUUGCUGAGUUACCUUUUCAUUUUCUUUCAAGUCCUGAAAGCGAUACCGAAGUUGAAGAGCACCUAUGUAAAUACCAGUCCAAGUUCUACGUGUCCAAUCCAAAGUUCAAGCCAAGUUUCAAGUUCAUCCCGACGCUCAACCGUAUUCGGUACCCCCACUCAAGGCGAAGUUACAGAUUUUGAUCCCCGAGAUAUCAGCGUCGAUAGCGACGACAAAUUCUUUGUGCACCCGAGCGACUCUGAAGAACAACUUCAUGAGACACACACACCCCGGACGUGUCCCGAACGAUCGUAUCAGUUCAGCCCAUUUUACGUUGAACAUUCAAAGGAAGAAAGUAAUGAUUCCCAUAUUGACGACAAACCAGACCAGUCCUCAAACCGUAACAGAAACGAAGUGCAGUUACCGCCUCUAGUGAUAAACUCGCCCGCAGAUUUAAUAAAGUUAGUUCCUCAAAGAGCCUUUCGUGAAGAAAGCGUUUCAAGCGAAACCUCCGUUGACUCAAGUAGCUGUGAAGAAGAAAACGGAGAGGUUAGACACCAAUUAAGCGUCUCUGUAGCAGAAGAACACAACUCCUACGAUCCCAGAGAGGCCGUUCAAGAGCUUACGAUGGAUAGAAGUAUACUGGAAGAACAUCAACGGGUGUUAUUAACCCUAGCUAUAAGUAUCGCCAACAAGGAUGUGCGUAUUGAUAAAUUUCGUGGCUACGAGAAUGAAGAUAUUACCCGCUGGUUCCGAAAACUAGAGUUACAACUAGAGGUAAAGAAAAUUCCAACCACCGACCCUGCUGCAAUUACUCAAGUUGUCAACAAUCUAGGUGGACCAGCCGAGACGUUCUUAAUUGAAUUAUCUGAAGACGAAACGAAAGACUAUGGCCGAUUGAAACAAGCGCUAACGCGUCGAUAUUCUACCAUAGACCGAACGUGGGUCAAACGGCAACUCCUAGUCUCUAGGCGACAAGAAGUAAACGAGACCCCGGCCGAUUACAUAAAUGGGAUGCAUGAACUUUUUAGCGGCCUAAAUUGCUCCUUGCCUGAGAAA